AUGGACGAAUCUCCGACCCUUGAAACGAAGUCCAAAAAGCGGAAGCAGCGGGCCACUCUAUCUUGCUUCGACUGCCGGCGCCGCAAGCUCAAAUGUGACCGUGAAUUACCUUGUCGCCGAUGCAUCAAGGGCGAUGUUGCGAGCUCCUGCCAUUAUGAACAAGAAAAAGCUCCUACUCGGGCGAAGCGAGCAGGCACCGACCAAACUUAUGUCCACGAUGGUUUGCCGCUGCCUCCCUUACUCACGGGUUCCUCCAGGCCUCAGACAGUCGCAUCACCUCAGAGUGAUGGAAGUACUCCUAUAUUGCCGACGUCGAACCAAUUUCUUUGCGACAAGAUCGCGUCAUUGGAGGAACGUCUUGCUUCGUUUACAUCACACAGUCAAAGAAUACGAUCUGUUUCUGGACAGCGAUUGUCAGAUCCUCAAGAAAGGCAUGAUGAAGACCCCAACACUCCUCUAGCUCCUCUCUUCAAGGGCCAUGACUACCGUACAUUCAUGUUCGGUACUUCCUGCCCCAUGACCAUCGUAGCACACUUCCCCGAGCUUCGCCCCUUCAUGAAAGAAAUCUACCCAAACUCAUCCCUUGCAAGAGCACAGGCCGAAUUGAAGUCAAUCGAUGAGCGAGCUCGUAGCAGUCACAGCUCGCACAAAGUCCUAAAUGUCACCAGUCUUCGCAAGCUUCUGCCCGAUCAGCAGACUGUGACCAAGAUGAUCGAUCUGUAUAUGAACACGUUCGAGACUACCUAUCGAAUUCUGCAUAUCCCGUCAUUUUGGCAGGAGUAUCAAAUAUUUUGGGGCCCCUCGGAGCAAUGUAACUCUGACUUGGAGGCAGUUGUUCUCGCCAUCGUCGCUUGCGUGUCAGUGACCAGGGCCGACGAGGUCACCAAACACCAACCAAAUGGAUCGACUUUCCGCAACAGAGCAGUCGUCUGGAUCAAGGCCCUUGAGACGUGGUUGAAGCGGCAAAGUAACAAGCAUCGCACGCUGGCGUCGCUUCAAGUUCGAUGUCUGAGAUUACUUGCGUUGCAAGUGAAUUGUCUGAAGACGAAAGAAAUCUACCAAGAGGUCCAAGCACAUAUGGCUUAUAUGAGAGCUAUUGGGUUACAUAGGGACCCAGUCAUUCUCGGUAAGAGGUGCUCUGUCUUUGAAGGGGAGAUGCGUCGAAGGUUGUGGGCUACGUCACUGGAAAUGGAAUUGCAAGCCUCGAUUGAUAGAGGCACACCGUCUGUCUUGUCUGCAUUCGAAUUCGACACUGCUGCGCCACGAAAUAUAAACGAUAACGAGCUCCAUCCGGCCAUGGCCGAGCUUCCUCCGUCCAAACCUGUUUCCGUAUUCACGGAUAGCUCCUUCUGCAAUCGCCUAAUGCAAAUCGCAUCGCUCAGAAUAGAACUGAUCAAGAUCACCAAUAGCAUACAUUCCGGACCUAGUUUCGAAGAGACGUUACGAUACGAGAAGCGGGUCCAACAAGCGCUCGAUUCUCUGCCACGCUGGAGCGACCCUAGAGCGCUUCAGGCAUGGACUCAACUUGACCUUCUACUUCGACAGUUUCUGGUUAUUCUCUUCACGGCGAAUGCGCUUCGACCGGACUCGACGGGUGAUUUGGAAGUUCGGUUUUCGAAGCUGGGUUGUCUUGACUCGGCCAUGGCUCUGAUUGACCGCCAUGUGGGCUUGAUAGAUUCGGGAAAUUUUGCGCUUUGUUGUAUCAGAUCAGACUAUUACCGGGCUGCUCUAAUUAUUUGCCAAAUCACGUUCCAUGCGUAUCGCUCUGCUGACAAUAUGGUAGCUAGAAGUGCCAGUGUGCUCUUUGAUGAUGCCAUGACAAAAGCACAGCGUCUCUUGGAAGAGAGAUGCAUUCGCCCAGGCCGUGGCUUAAAGCAAUACUGGUAUAUCAGUGCAGCAAGAAGUCUCGUUCGGAUCCAAGCUGCCCCCAAUCGCACAGCAGAGUUCAAGAGGCAAGGUACCGAAAAGCCAUCCAGGAUCAUUUACCGAACCUUAUCAAUGCAAGACGACAACCUCGACGACUGCUUCGUACAAGAGGUCGUACUGAACGAAUCAUGUUGUGGUACUGCAGAUACGGGUCACAGCCACGACAUCGAUGCUCUGUGUGGUGGUUUACCUGCAGACGAGAUUACGAAUUCGAACCUGCGCCUCGAUGAACUCGAUCCCAUAGACACAUCGAAUUGGAUGCUGGACGAUUAUUGGCUCUUCAACGACUUUGAGCCUCUCUAA